CGACAAAUGGGGACAAAUGGAUAAUUUGGUAGGGUCUUGGGCCCUUCAAUGCCACAUUGGAAUCCACAUGCGGUAGAUGUGCUCGAGGAACAUGUGACAUUGCACCUCAUUCACUUGCAUACCUGGUGACACAUGAAGAAAACGGCCAUGCAGCGUUCCUUCACCACGCCUCAUUCACUGCGCGAAACGUCUUCCCAGCCACUUAAGAGACAUUGCUCCCUCAUUGAACUCACCCACGAACAUCAACCUACACCAACGUCAACAUCGCCUUCGAACUGUCUACACAACACAAUCCGCAAUUACAACAUCGCAAACUCUUCACAAUGCGAGUCAGCCUCGAUCGCUCCACUGGUCAGUAUGUUCCAUUCCCUUCCCCUGCAAGCGAGAAUCGGGCGGGCGCGGCGGCGGCGGGAAGCACGGAGUAUGAAUCAUCGCAUCAGCGAUACCGCGACGCGGUAAAGAAGGCGGGCACUCCGCAGGAGAUCGAAUUCGCAAAGAAGAGAUUCGAGUAUGAGAUCAACACCCCGGUACCAUAUCCAUACCGCAGCUGGACCGCAUUCCGCAACAACAAUGCAUCGUACAGAGCCACAACAUGGCAAGGCGCCAUGUACAACGAACGCCAGAACCCCAUUGCACUACCUGAAUCGCAGCCUACUGGAUUGCGGCCCACUGGAGUCCAGACGGCAGUGUCGAUGAGACAGAAUGAGGCCGCCACAGAGGCGGAAAUCAACGAGGCCAUCGGCACCGACGACGAAGAGGAUGGCGCGUACGAAGCCGACGAAGAAGAGACCGACCGUGACAUCGCCCGUACCGACUCGCGCCUCAACUUGAGAACGACCGGACCAAAGAACUCGCGCUCGCGUUUUGCCACCGCUUCGAAGCGCCUGCCAUCACAAGGUCAAGGUCAGUCGCCACAAGGCAUUCGCAAGCAGGCAACUCCGCGCCGCGCAAUACGCUCGCGCACCGCAACACCCUCACUCACCGGCUCGCCUGCACGUGGCCCUCGCGGUGGAUACACCCGCCCCGCUCCGCCAACCUCACCUCCAUCAAACGCCACCUUCACUGCCGGCAGUGAGCCCAUUCCAGCCACAGUUCUCUGCUCAGUCAACGAAAUCAAGGCUGUACCGCCACACAACGGCUACCCGAGCAUCAAGCCACUCGGCAAGGUGCCGAUGCUUGACGGCAGGUACGGCUACAUUGAGCGCGGUUCGGAACUGAUGGAGUUUUACGGCGAUACGCGCCUCUUUACUGAGAAGUGGUGGAAGUUCUUGGCGGUGGGUGGUCAGGGCAGGAAGGAUCUAGUGAAGCAGAUGGGGCUUGGCGAUGUGCAGCCAUGA